AUGGACGACCGAUCGCUCACCAAGCGCAUCCAGACGCUGCACAAGGCUGCUGCGAAAGAGCCUCCAUCCGUGGUCCUCCAGUUGCUGGAGGAGUUGAAGAAGGAGCCUGCCCCGACUGAAGAGCAGCUUCGUUCCACCAAAGCCGGCGUCGUCGUCGGUAAAAUGCGAUCAAACACCAACAAAGACAUCGCGAGAUUGGCUACCGAGAUCGUGUCCAAGUGGAGGAAGAACGUCGACUCGGCCAAGGACAAGCGCAAGGUUGAACUCGCCAAGGACUCGCCCACCCCGAAGAGCGUCAGCUCGCCUCUCCCUCCAUCAUCAUCUUCCAACAAGCCAUACGAGGGCGAUACCGAGAGACGGCAUUUCAAGACGGACAAGGUAGAUCUCAAGCGCACCGGUCAUCAAGCUCGCGACGGCUGUAUCGGCGUUCUUUACAACGGCCUGGCAUACAGGGCCACAGAGUCUGUCGAGGAGGUUGUUAGACUCGCCAUGGAGGUGGAGGCUGCCGCUUUCAGAGUUUUCAAGGGCGACACGCCAGAGUAUCGCCAAAAGAUUCGCGGCCUCAUGACCAGUUUGAAGCGCAAGGACAACCCUGCCUUGGGAAAGCGCGUGCGAUCCGGAGCCAUCACGCCGGACACGUUUGUCAAGAUGACGGACGUUGAGCUUGCCUCGGAUGCCCAGCGUGCCGAGGACGAGAAGCUGCAGCAGGAGAACAUGAAGAAGGCGCAGGUGCCCAUGGCGGAGAAGUCGAUCAGUGAUGCUCUCAAGUGUGGCAAGUGCGGGCAGAAGAAGGUAUCGUACAGCCAGGCUCAGACUAGGUCUGCUGAUGAGCCGAUGACGACAUUUUGCGAAUGCACUGUGUGCGGUAACAGGUGGAAGUUCUCCUAG